GACAGGUAUUUGGGCUCAUGUUAUGGUUGCUCCACAUGGCCAAGUCAGCUUGUUGAGCAAAGGAACUGCUUUCGCUUUGGGAAUUUUGAAAAUCGGCUAUCAUGUUAACAGUAUUUCUGCUACGGAUCGUUCAAAUGUGGGGGUUCAGGGUCAUGAAGAAUUCCCGAAGAUACCGGAAGUCAAGCUACCCAUCCAAGUUGACCAUUCAGUUCCACCAGUUGUGCAAGCAGUUCGACGUUUUCCCAUCUCAAUGGAGGCGGAUGUGGAGAAAACAAUUCAAGAUUUGCUGGAAAAAAAUAUCAUCGAACGAGCGGAAGGACCGAUAACUUGGGUUUCGCCACUGGUUCCCGUUAGAAAAUCGGAUGGUAGAAUCAGACUGUGCGUAGACAUGCGGGCUGCCAACAAAGCGGUGAAACGUGAAAACUAUCCGAUGCCUAAUAUUGACGAUGCAAUGUCUGGAAUUAAAAAGGUAUGCUAAUAAAUAAGAAUGUUUUAGUUCGUAGAAAACAUACGUUAUGGUUUUGUUUAUUUCAAUUAGGUUGCUAAAUUGUCCAAGAUCGAUCUCGAGGCCGCUUACUAUCAUUUUGAGCUUGAUGGCGACAGUAGACAUAUCACUACAUUUGUGGCCAGGAGCGGAGUAUACAGAUUCUGCAGAUUGAUGUUUGGAAUCAAAUCCGCUCCAGAACUUUUCCAACGAGAAAUGGAAAACUUGUUCAGGGGCAUCAAAGGACUGAUAGUUUACAUGGAUGAUUUUCUAAUUUAUGGGGAGACAGUCGAAGAACACGACGAAACUCUGCGUGAAGUCCUUCGGAGAAUUGAGAAAUUCAACAUGAAGAUCAACAAAGAGAAAUCGGUCUUUGGAGUACCUAGCGUAGAGUUUCUAGGCCAUAUUGUGUCCGUUGAAGGUAUUCGUCCGACAGACGGAAAAGUUAAGGCUAUUUUGGAUUUACAACCACCGUCCUCCGUUUCCGAAUUGAGAUCUUUGUUAGGUCUGGUAAAUUUCGUUGGAAAGUUUAUCCCCAAUUUGUCGGCCCACACUUUCAAUAUGAGAUCCCUUUUGAAUAAGGGCAGCCUGUUCAUUUGGAACGAUAAACACACUCAAGAAUUGGAAGCGGUGAAGGGCAUGAUUGCAAAAGCAGGUUACCUCGGUUUCUUUGACCCUAAUGACGAGACGGUGUUAGUGACAGACGCUAGCCCAUACGGUUUGGGGGCAAUACUGAUUCAGACUAAAGACGGUGUAUCGCGAACAAUUUCCUGCAUAUCGAAGAGUUUGGCUGAGUUUGAGCAAAAGUAUUGUCAAACAGAAAAAGAAUGCUAUGCCAUCAUAUGGGCCAUGGAAAAACUUUACGUAUACCUAUACGGUAAGCAUUUCACGCUCGUCACAGAUUGUAAACCUCUGGAAUAUCUAUUCAACCGGGUAAAGUCCAAACCAUCCGCGCGUAUAGAAAGGUGGAUCCUUCGGUUGCAGAGCUUCGAUUUUACUGUAAAAUAUGAGCCAGGGGAAGACAAUUUGGCUGACUCACUCUCUCGUCUGUCCCAAGGCGUGAAAGAUUACGGUACUCGCUCGGAUGUCAUUAGUUGGUUAGCAGAUGAGAUUAAACCGUCGGUUUUAUCAAUUGAGGAACUGGAAAAAGCAACCCUGGCCGAUAAUGAUCUACAGAAAGUCAAAGAAGCGAUAUACUCGGGGAUUUGGGAUGAAGUACCGAAUGAGUUCAAAACAGCAACAGUCAAGGAUGAUUUAACACUGUACGGGGAAUUGAUAUUAAGAGGAGACAGGAUUGUCAUUCCCACUGCGUUGAGAGAAAAGAUAGUCAACCUGGCACACCUAGGACAUCAAGGAGGAAUAUCUAUGAAGGCGUUGCUUAGAUCCAAGGUUUGGUUCCCGUUCAUGGACAAGCUGGUCGAUACAAUUAUUCGCAACUGUAAGCCAUGUAAGAUGACUGCGCUACCAGAUAAGCCUAAUCCCAUGACUCGUCGGAUGCCGACUAUGCCGUGGCAAGAUCUGGCAAUCGAUUUUAAAGAAGGUCUCCCGGGGGAGAUGUCACUAUUGGUUGUUGUUUGCUACACGUGCAGGUUUGUACAAGUGGAACCAAUGAAACCGGCUACAACACAAAAGGUUAUCGGAACUCUACUGAGGAUGUUUAGUGCUUUUGGCAUUCCUCGGUCAAUUACAUCAGAUAACGGGCCACAGUUUAGAGCGAUUGAGUUUCGGAACUUUUGUUUGAGCUACGGCAUACAUCUCAAUCUUUCUACCCCAUAUUGGCCGGAACAAAAUGGGGCAGUAGAAAGACAGAUGCGAAAUAUUGGGAAACGAAUCAAAAUCAGCAUUAUUCAGGGAACAGACUGGAAGGCUGAUCUCUAUGAGUAUUUGACGCUGUACCAUUCGACACCUCAAGAGGCUACAGGAGUGUCUCCAGGCCAAAUGAUGUUUGGCCGUGAGAUACGGAACCGAAUUCCGUCCAUUCACCAACCACCAAAUUUGAACUGGGAAUCUUCCAGAGAUAGAGACAUGCAACAGAAGGAGCAGCGUAAACUACAAGCAGAUGUGUCCCGACAAGCCAAGGCGCAUAAUUUGGGGAGAGGAGAUGUAGUGUUGAUGAAGAACUUCAAGUCUGGAUCGUAUGAACCAAACUUCGGGAGUGAGGAGUUUGAGAUAAUUGACAUCAAAGGAAGCGAAAUCACUGUACGCUCAAAUCGAACUGGUAAAGUGUAUCGACGCAACAGCUCUCACCUGAAGAAAUUGUUGACAGCAGAAUCAGCACUUUCCGAUGAGAACAGCUCUUCUGAUACACAUCUUAGUACUACGAAUCACUCGUCGACCUCCACUGAAGAUCAAGGGAAAGAUAACAGUUCCCCAAAACGAAUUAUCAGACGACCGGUUAGGUUUAACGAUUUUGUAAUUUAGUCAAUGUAACAGUUUGAGAGGAUAUCAAUAAAAUGAUUGUAAUACUCGUAAUAUUGAUCUUAAGAUGUAUUAUGAAUCCAAAAUAUGGGAGGAGUGUAACGGGGUAUGGUUUCAUCGAGUCGCUAACGGUCAAGUUGAACUACACGGUUUCAGUGACGGGUAUCAGGAAUGACAGUUGAAAGAUGAAUGUAUUGGUAUUCGUACGGGAAUCGUGUGUGCGUGGGUUUACUGGCGUACGGCAAAGGUGCUGCCGAACACGAGCGUCAUUCGUCGUACAGCAGCGGAGCAGAACAGACGGCUGACCUUCAGGGUGAAGCGUGUGACGGUUAAACAAGUACUAAUUAUUCGGCUGGUACAGGCAGAAAAGAAAGUGCAACAUUCAAAGUGGUCGAAGGUGAUAUGAUGCCAAUUCUGGGAAGGAAAACAAGUGUCCGUUUCAAGCUGAUCACGCGUUUGGAUGAAGUGAGUAUGGAAGGGUCGUUGUUCAAUGGGCUCGGGUGCAUCAAAGGAUUUGUCUACGAUAUCGAUCUGGUGGACAAUCCGACGUUCAGGAACGACUUGCCCAGACGAAUUCCUCAUGCACUUCGGACGGCGGUUAAAACGGAACUGGAUU